AUGAAGUUAUGGAAAAGUGCUACUUUUGCCUUCAUGCUCUGUGGCGCCGCCCUGUCUAUCAUCCUCAUUAGAAACAUGGCCCCCACCACCGCCGGUCCCCCAAAACCAAAGACCAAACACCAAACUUCCUCUUCCUGGUCAUACUCACAGCAUCCUUCAUCUUUAAGAUCAUCAUCCCUCUCGCGGACAGCGACCUGGACUGGGGGUCUUCAUCGGAGGACACGCUCAACAGACAACAUGAACUCCCUACUUUCAGAGUUGUCCAUGAUGUUCCAGAGCUUCACAGAUGGCGAGCUUCAGCAUGUGGUGGGGACUUUACUGGACAGGAAGAGGCGGAAAAGCCAUGAUCAAAGCCAGACCCGAAGGACUAAAAGAGCCCGGCGGGCUAAGCCUUGCUCGGUGAGGGAGCUGGAGCUGACGGUGAGCGAGCUGGGCCUUGGCUAUGAUAGCGACGAGACGGUGAUGCUGCGAUAUUGCAGUGGUAAAUGCACGGCACAGAGGCGCAACUACGACAUCACGAUGGAGCACAUGAUGCGGACAGGCUUCCGGAAGAAGGGACGUAAGGACAAGGUCGGCAACGGCCCCUGCUGCCGGCCCAUCGCCUUCGAGAAGGACUUUUCAUUCCUGGACAACCGAAGCCGCUACCACACCAUACAGAACAUUUCAGCUAAGAACUGUGGUUGUGUAUGA